AUGGAAAAGGACCUUCCACAAAUGCACUACACAACGUUCACCAGCGAUUUAAAGGAUCGUCUCCUCCAAAGUGUCGAUACGUACAAAAUAGAACUUGCGUUAGAAAGAUUGACACAAACCGGUAAUGUUCACGAUUAUGAUGCGCAGUUCGAGUCGUUACGUCUACUAUUACCACCAAACUGUAGAUCAGAAUAUUCCCUGAUUAAUAGUUACACUAGAGGCUUGAAAGGUUACAUAAGGAAAGAAUUACGGCUCAGAGGACCUAUCACUAUCCAUGAUGCUAAGGAAAUGGCAUAUCGUGCUGAAAUGAUAGACGACAUGGACUUCCCAUAUUUUAAUGGAUCAAGUCAAAGAAUUCUGCACAACGCCGACCCAGACGCUAUGGAGAUCGACGCUAUAUACUCUAGACGCACUCGUAAUCAGAGAUUAGGAGUUAGACCAAAAUACUCGAAUGACGAUAACAAUGAAUGGAAGAAAAAACUUCAAAUUAUAUGCUCCCGUCACCGCCUAUGCUUUAAUUGCGGAGAACCAGGCCACUUCCCUAGAAUGUGUCCGCUGAAAUACCGCAGUAAAGCGAAUCCUACCAAAAAUGCGAGUUCUCCCUAA